AUGCUCAGCUUAACAAUAAAAGAGGCUUCCUUAGCGCUGAGAGAGGGAAAGAUCUCUCCGGUGGAACUGUGCAGGAAAUGUCUGAGUCGGAUCAAGAAAACACAACAUCUUAAUGCUUACAUCACAGUCACAGAGGAGCAGGCGGUGGCGCAGGCGCUGGAGGCAGAAGCGCGACUUAUGAGAGGUUCUCCUAAAGGCGUGUUGGACGGGAUUCCUUUUGCAGUUAAGGAUAAUUUCUGCACAGAGAACAUCAAAACAACAUGUGCCUCCAGGAUGCUCAAAGACUACACUCCACCAUUCAACGCCACAGUCGUACAGAAGUUGCUUGACCAAGGAGCGGUCCUCGUGGGGAAGACCAACAUGGACGAGUUUGCAAUGGGAUCAGGGAGCACAGAUGGAGCGUUUGGACCAGUGAGAAAUCCCUGGGGAUAUGCUGCCCCGUACAGAGAAAGCCCAGGUGUAGACCCGGACUCGGACUGGGUCGUGACGGGAGGGAGCUCAGGCGGGAGUGCGGCUGCUGUGGCGUCUCUCACAAGUUUUCUGGCGCUCGGGUCGGACACGGGCGGAUCCACUCGGAACCCGGGAGCGCUGUGUGGGGCUGUGGCGCUGAAACCCACGUACGGCCUCCUGUCCAGACACGGCCUCAUUCCUCUGGUCAACUCCCUGGACGUCCCUGGGGUCCUGACCCGAAGUGUGGGGGAUGCAGCUUUAGUUUUAGAUGUUCUGAAAGGUGUUGAUGUAAAAGACUCCACGACCAUUUCCUCUCAUUCAACAUUUGCACCACUCCCUGAAGAUUUGGAUGUCAGUAAAUUAUGCGUGGGAAUCCCCAAAGAGUACCACGCCCCGGGCCUGUCUGAGGACACGCUGCAGCAGUGGCGUCGUGUUGCCGACAUGUUUGAAAGAGCAGGAGCCCGAGUGCAGCAGGUGUCCCUCCCCCACACCCAGUUCUCCAUCGUCUGCUACCACGUCCUGUGCUGCGCCGAGGUGGCCUCCAACAUGGCCCGCUUCGAUGGGCUGCAGUACGGACAUCGCAGUCGCACCGACAGCUCCACAGAAACCAUGUACGCCACCUCCCGGCACGAGGGCUUCAACGACGUCGUCAGAGGAAGGAUUCUGUCCGGAAACUACUUCCUGCUUAAACAGAGCUAUGACAAGUACUUUUUAAAGGCCCAGAAAGUCAGACGUCUCAUAACGGAGGAUUUUAAGCAAGUUUUUGAGUCUGGGGUCGACGUGCUGCUGACGCCCAGCACUCUGACGGACGCUGCUCCAUAUUCUGACUUCACACAAGAAGACAACAGAACACGGAGUCUACAGGAAGAUGUCUUCACUCAGCCAGUCAACAUGGCAGGUCUACCAGCUGUGUCUGUGCCGACUGCUCUGUCGGGUCGAGGCCUCCCCAUCGGGCUGCAGCUCAUUGCUCCAGCGCUUCAGGACAGGGCCCUUCUGUCUGUGGCUCAGUGGAUCGAACAGAGGGUCCACUUUCCCUCCAUCAGGGACUCAGAAGGACCCAGCGAGGCCCUGAGCACAGCCUGA